CACGGGAGAAUUCCAGUGCAAGGCAGAGCGAAGGCAGCAGGAAAUAUGGCCUGUUCAACGAUUAACAGCGACAAUUCCCUGUAAUUUUCAUUGUAUUCGUGAGGAGACAGGAAGGACUAAUGGCCACAGCUGGCACUCCAGCAUCAUUUUCCUCCACUAAAGAGAGCACAAAUUAUGCACGACUUUGUCGGCUUCUGGUUGAUGUGGGAUCCUCAGUGCUUAGGGACAUAUUUGACAAAAUACAUCCACCCACCAGUCUUCAUACCAACCUGACAACAACAUAUCAUUCCACACUGCAAGCACUUCGCAGGAAAAGAGUUUUAAAUCCCACUCAAUGGGGAAAGCUAUAUCCUCUAAAAUGCACCUCUGUAUCCUCAAGAGACUUUGAUAUCACACUUUUGACAGUCCUUCUGAGGAACAUUUGUGGGUUGAGUCCCCCAGCAACAGGCUGGGAUGCACUUCCACCUGCAACAGAUGUGAGCACCGAGGCCAACAUUGCAAGGGUGAAAUAUUUUAGAAACACUGUGUAUGGCCAUGCUGACCAGGCUUCUGUGGAUGAUGCAACAUUUAAUGCCUAUUGGAAGGACAUACGAGAUGCUCUUGUGAGUCUUGGAGGAGCUAAAUAUGAAUCUGCAAUUGAUGAUUUAAAAAAUGAAUGCAUGGACCCUGAAAUUGCUGAUCAUUAUGAAGAAAUGUUAAAACAGUGGAAAAAGGAUGAAGACAACAUCAAGGAUGUGCUGAAAGAAAUCAAAAGGAAACUUGAAGAAUUAAAGACAUCAACAAGUAAAUCUCAACCAAAAGAAUUUGAAGUGUCACAUGACCUCAUAGAAACGAUUCGCAACCUCUACAAAACUCGUGAAGGUCGGCUCUCGCCGUUUCCCUGGUGUGAAGAGUUCAACUUUAACCUAAACGACAUAUUUACCAAGCCGACCAUUGUCACACGCGACAAGGCUGGAAGAUCGGUGUCAGAGCAAAUAGAUAGUACAACAGGAGUCUUCAAACCUCAAAAGGAUCGUUCCAAGCCCAGGACUGUCCUGAUUGAGGGUGAACCAGGAAUGGGCAAGACAACUUAUUGUCAAAAGAUAGCAUGUGACUGGGCCAAUGGUGUGGAAACUGAUGUAUCUUUCCCCAAUUUUAAAUUGCUUCUCUUCCUUAGAUGUUGUGACGUGUCAGGCAGCAUAUGGGAAGCUAUUGAUGAUCAACUUCUCCCUAAAGAUAUCGAGAAAGACGCAAAAGAGAACUUCUUCAAGUUCAUCCGAGCCAAUCAAUCCCAGGUUUUAUUUGUACUUGAUGGAUUGGAUGAAGCUCCAUCAAAUCUUUCGAAGAUGUUUACUGACCUUGUUCAGGGUAGAGAGCUUCCAAAAUGUCACAUCAUUCUUACAUCCAGGCAGGAGGCAGGGAUGAGUGUGAGCAAGUAUUGUGACACCCUACUACAUAUGACAGGAUUUUCUCCAGAGCAUUCUCAAAGCUUCAUCACUCGUUACUUCGAUGGUCGGGAAGCAUUAGGUCAGAGGCUCUUAAGCGAGACAAGACGCAAGAAAGAACUUUUGGAACUGACAAUGCAUCCUUUGACGACAGCUCUGCUAUGUCUCUUGUGUGAAGACUAUGAAGGCGAUCUACCCUCAAGCAAAACUGAGCUCUAUCUUGAAAUAACUAGUUGCGUUUUAAGGCGAUUUCGGCAAAAGAAAGGAUUCUCUAACGUAGAAGGAGACUUGAUUGACUUCCACAAAGAUGACGUAGAGCGACUGGGACGACUAGCCUGGAAAGGUUUGACAGAAGAUCAGAUGUACUUCAAAAGAAAUGAACUUGGAGGUUCAGCAAACGAAAUACCGGUAUUUGAAUUCCUGUCAGUCCACACCAAUCGCAGCAAAAGACAUCCUUCCCUGGAUUAUGCAUUUAUUCACAGGAGUUUUCAAGAUUUCUUCGCAGGUUAUUUUUUGGCGAGCCAGAUUUUAAGUGGUGAAAUAAGCCCUGAAAUGCUAUUUCCAGAAGAUGGAUCAUACUUUAAGUAUGAGCUCGCCCAUUUCUUUGCAUUUGGAAUUAUCAGCCUCAAGAGUGAAGAGAGAGCUACAUGUUUCAUGAACACCAUAGUCACAAACAUUAAUCAAAGCCUGGACUUUCAUGCAAAUUACUUAUUGUAUUUUGCCUUAAAAUGCAUGAGGGACUGUUUAGUAGUAAGUUCUACUCUCUCAAGUAAGUUGUUGCACUUGUUAGGAACAAAACUGCAGUGCCACACAUUGGUUAUUUUAGACAACAGAUGUGACAUCCCAUUGCUUGCUGAGGCCCUUAGAGUAAAUACCAUUCUGAAGGAAUUCAGUAUGCCAUUGCCAUUGUAUUUUCCUGGAGACAUAUGUGCGGUUUCCUUGGCUAGAACCCUUCAAGUCAACCAAACCCUGGUACAAAUCAACUUAACAAACAAACUUACCAGCGCAGUUGGGGUCCAGCAAUUGGUAGACGCGCUUAUGGUAAACUCCACCCUCCGUGAUCUAAUCCUUGCUGGCAAUAUGUUGAAAGAUGAUAGCGCCGGGAUUUUGGCGGAGUACUUAAAGGCCAAUAAAGCCCUGGUUUGUUUAAACCUGAUGGCAAAUGGAAUUACUGACCGUGGUGCCAUAUGUCUGGCAGAGAGUCUACGCCAUAAUACCACAUUGGAGAUUCUGGUCCUGGCAGGAAACUUAAGUUUUGGUAACCGUGGGGUUUUGUCUCUUUGUGAAACUCUCAAAAUAAACAAUACGCUCGAUACGGUAGAUCUGUCAGGGACAAGCAUAGAUGAUGUUGGUAUUAUGUCGCUCCUUAAAGCCGUUAGGGAUCGUACCACCCUAACCUGGCUGAACUUAUCUGAAAUGAAGAUGAUAACCAAGAAGAGCAUCCGUUCUAUCGCUGAAUUUCUGAGAGUGGAUUCAUCCCUGAUAUCACUUGGUUUUGAGGGAAACAAAGUUAGUGUGGGUGGUGCCCGAUUAAUCGCUGAAAGCCUCAAGGUUAACAAAACUUUGAAACUUUUAUUUCUCUCAAGAAACAAUAUCAGAGCGCCAGGGGCCCAUUUUCUAUCUGAAGCUCUUAAAGUCAACGAAACACUGGUGUUUUUUAAUUUGCCUCAGAACGAGCUUAGAGCUCGAGGUGCUCAGCUUCUUUCAGAUGGUCUUGGAGUGAACUCUGCUCUGACUUGUCUUGAUCUAUCGAUGAAUGGUAUUGGUCCUGUAGGUACUCAGUCAAUCGCCGAGGCCCUUAAAAUGAAUAAGGGACUGGCUACUCUUAACUUGUCAAGCAAUGGUAUUGAAGAUUCUGGAGCUAAAUCACUCUGCCAGGCCCUUAAAGAAAAUAAAACCCUGAUUAAUCUGUCCAUCGCAGCAAACGGUAUUCAAUCCUCUGGUGCAAGGGCGUUCGCUGAGGCUCGAGAAACAAAUAGCACAUUGCUUCAUUUAGACAUAGGAGAAAACAAUAUUGGUCAAUCUGGAAUUCAAGCACUAUCCGAAGCUGGUUUCCAGGGAUUCCUUCCACCGCGAAUUGAUUGCCAUAUUAAACUGAUUCAGAAGCAGUGAACAUUGCCAGUUAAAUUUCCCCUAAAUAAACGUUGUUUUGUUGACAAAGAACAGUCGAACGAUACGUUAGGCGAGAAAUGAGUAGACCUUGAAUUACGCAUGCUGAGCACAUUUUUAAGUCUAUGAAUUUUAAGGUACAUGAAGUGCAGGGAUGGAAGUUACCACUGUAAGCUUAAGUUCUUCAUGCAAACUAUUCGGAUGUCUGUUUUCUGUUUGUAGGCGUACCGAAUUCGUGUUAGUAAACUUUAAGCCUUAAAGUAUUAAGGAUAAUACGCUAAAAUCAA